AUGUUUGGAGAAGCCCAAGAUCCGGCGUUAUUCUGUAACGACCUAUUGGACAUGGUGGAAGAAUCUCGUAUCCUCGCACUCGAAGAUUUAGGCAGACCAUUCUUGGCCGCACUUGCUAUACAGGUGACCGGAAGCGUUUUCUAUCCAUCUACACCUCGUCUCUUGCAUAAACUGAAUGGGAACAAUCAACUUGGGACUCUAGGUGAUUCCUUGCGAAUGAUCAACAACAAAAAUGUGCAUAUGUUGACGCAUCUGGUGGAUUUUGCUCUGGCACAAGAGCGCAAGUGGCUUUAUCGUGAUGUGGUCAACACCACUAUACGAUUGAUGGCUAUUCCACAAAUCUCAAAGGACAAACGCCUGUCUCAUAGAGAGCAUAGAGCAGACAAUCUAUACAGGAGAAACUUGGUCGACAAGGCCUGCGGACCGCAGGAGCUUUCUGGUAGAGUGCCUCUCGUGGUUCAGUGCGCUCCAUCUGCCAGCGAUCAUUCAACUCGACUGAGUCGGCACGCCAGACUAGCGGCUAAUCACAAUACUCUGGCCGAGCUACAACUACGCAACGACCGACCACUAGCCAACAUAAAUUUCGAUCAGAUAGGACAGAAGCUUUGCCAGCGUUUCUCCGACGAAAGUCAAAAGCGGCAGCAAGACCUUCUAUCUAGUAUACUCGACGUCAUACGCACGACACCGUUGACUGCAAAGAACAAAUUCCUUCGUCGCCUACAUACUUUCAGCGGAGGACACCUAAACAUUAAAGUAUCUUACUGGGAUUUAUGCGAGCAGCUCGACGAACUCAACAACCUGAACCUCUCAAAACUGCGCGACGCGAGGUUUUACCGCGCGGCGUCGCACCACUUCCCGGAAAUUUUACGACGGACAUCGCAAUCAUUCAACGAGGAUAUGGACGCUUUCCAGCGAGGUAGUCUUACACUGAUCAAUGAGACGCAAGGUCUAGUCAGUGAGCUUCUGAAGCGUCUUCUCUGGCACAACGACGAACUUAAAUUCGCGUUACGCCACGCCGCAAACCUCAUGACCUGGGACGGAACGCAAUGGCUGCCCAGCAAGAUAGCACAAGAGACACAUGCUUUGGGCGGCUUCAGCUAUCUUCAACUCGUCGAGAUGAUCAAUAAAUUUGCUUGGGCUUGUGCGACGACAAGGCAUCUGUCGGACAGAAACGCUCUACGCCAUACGCAUUGGCUGAUGGAAUAUCUUCACCAACAUCGGGCGCCUGUUACACGCGAUAUGCUCAAAGCACUCUGGCAUGCUGGUGUGAUCAGGAAUCCUAAUCAGAGCUACGCAAUGGUCAAACAGCUGUACUCUUUGGUGGUUGAGUAUGCAGGGCAGGACGUAGCGCAACAGUUGUUGAAGAAGGCUGCCUCUGUGAGGCCUGAGUUGCGCUCUGGAGCGACGAUUUGGGAUGAUGAGAAGAGUAAAGGCUUUACAGAGUUCUCACCUUUAGUCCGUGAGGUCAAGGAUUAUUCGUUGAAGAAGGCUGGACUGCCGGUUCAUGUGUCAUGA